AUGAAUCGUGUCAAAAUUGGGUCAGUAACAAGUACGUGGAAACCUUUAGAGAGGGGAUGUCCUCAGGGUUCAAAUUUCGGUCCGUUGUUAUGGAAUAUUUUUCAAAACGAUCUUAAUUAUACCAUAUGUGGUUCUGAGUUAUCUAUGUAUGCGGACGACCACCAAUUAUAUGGAAGUGGAAGCACUGUUAAAGAGGUAGAAGCGAAAUUGGAAAACGAUGUUAAUAUUACAAACCAGGUG